GUCAGUCACACUUUGAACGGCUCUGUGGCGCUCAUCGUCAUCAUCGACCAACCAGCGAGUCUCCCUCCUCCCGUUGACCGCCGAAUGAGCCACACGGACAGCUAAGGAGCUCAGGAUGAACGCUUGCCGAGGAGGACGCUAACACAGCCGAGGGCGACGUUGUGGGAGGGGGGGAGAGCAGACCGUUUUGCUUCGCUUUUCGAGGUGGGGGGACUUUGCCAUGGUCCGGUCCGGGGACAUCUUUAUAACCUUGCUCCUUGUGGGCUGUGCGGUUUCGUUGGAUGUGCAGAUCACACCCAGCCAUGGUGAGAUUAGCCUCGGGGAGUCCAAAUUCUUCAUGUGUGAAGUUACCGGUGUGGCGAAGCACAUAGACUGGUUCGGACCGAGUGGGGACCGGAUAGAAGCCAACAGACCCGACAUCACAGUGACCCGAAACGAUGAGUCGUCUUCCACGCUCACACUAUACAGAGCCGGCACGGAGAACGCGGGGACGUACAAGUGCGUUGCCACCAACGGCGAUCAGCAAGGGGAGUCAACAGUUAACGUCAAAAUAUUCCAGAGAAUUACCUUCACAAAUGCGCCGUCGCCUCAGGAGUUCACCGAAGGAGACACGGCCAUAAUCGUAUGUGAUGUCAUCAGCUCGCCCCCGCCCACCGUCCUGUGGAAGUACAAGGGGGCCAAAAUACAGUUUGAAAAAGAUGUUCGCUUUAGGGUGCUGAGCAACAACCACCUUCAAAUCCGCGGCAUAAAAAAGACCGAUGAGGGCUCGUACACCUGCGAGGGACGCUUGAUGGCCCGUGGCGAGAUUGAUUUGCGGGUUAUCAAAGUCGUUGUGAAUGUGCUCCCGACCAUCAGAGUGUGGCAGUCAGAGGUGAAUGCAACCGCAGAUGUGAGCCAGUCCGCCAUGUUGACUUGUGCAGUUGAUGGCUACCCUGAACCCAUGGUGACCUGGACAAGGAACCAAAUGAUUCUCGAGGCAGGAGAGAAGUACAGCUUCAACGAGGACGGCUCGGAGAUGUCCAUCAUGGAUGUCACCAAGCUGGAUGAGGGCGAGUACACCUGCAUCGCCAAAAACAAGGCUGGUGAAACUGAACAGGAACUCAGUCUGAGAGUAUUUGCGAAACCUAAGAUCACCUACAUAGUGAACCAAAGCACCUCCGAGAUGGAGGAGCAGGUAACCCUAACUUGCGAGGCUUCAGGGGAUCCGACGCCCACCAUCAGCUGGAGUUACGGUGACCGUGUCUUCACAGAUGGCGAGCAGGCACACCUAAACAGGAUCUAUCAGGCAUCGUGGACUCGUCCCGAGCAACACAAGAGUCAGGAUGGAAGUGUGGUGGUGAGGAGCGAUGCCCGCGUCUCGUCGUUGACGCUAAAGUACGUCAAGUAUACAGACGCCGGCCAGUAUCUCUGCUCAGCACGCAGCGCCAUUGGGGAGGAUGAUCAGAUAGCAUAUCUGGAGGUCCGCUAUACCCCAAAGAUCAGCGGCGAAGUCGCCGUGUACACCUGGGAGGGAAACGCUGUCAACAUCAGCUGCCAAGUGCGGGCUCACCCGGGCGAUGUCACCAUCACCUGGCUGAGAGACGGUCUGACGCUGCCAAACGAAAACACCAGCAAUAUUAAAAUCUUCCGCUCUGCAUCAGCGAGCUACCUUCAGGUCACACCGUUGUCUGAGAAUGACUUUGGGAGCUACAACUGCUCCGCUUCUAAUGAGAUGGGCACAGAGUCCAAAGAGUUCCUCCUCAUUCAGGCUGAGGUGCCAUCAUCUCCUUUCAUCAAUGAGGUGACACCUUUCUCCACCACUGCACUCGUUCAGUUUGAGGGGCCCGAGUCCACUGGAGGCGUGCCCGUGUUAAUGUACAAAGCCGCGUGGAGGACGCAGGGCAGGGGCAGCUGGUCACAGAGGAUCUAUGAGCUUAAAGAAGGCUCCAUCGGUGAGGUGACCGUCACAGACCUGAAGCCGGAGACCAACUACGAAGUGAAGAUGUUUGCCAUCAACGGCAAGGGUGAAGGUGAAAGCUGCCCGGUGGAGUUCUUCCGGACGCAGCCAGUUCGGAAUCCCAAUCCUCCCAAGCUGGAAGGAGUGCUUCAGCCAAUCGGCAACUCCUUGAAAGUUAGCUGGAUCAAGCAGGACGACGGUGGAUCACCCAUCUUCCAUUACCUGGUCCGCUACAAACCUAUUAAAUCGACGCAGUGGAAACCAGAAAUCCGGAUGCCCAGCGACAGCGACUACGUGGUUCUUAGCGGGCUGGAGUGGGACACCGAGUACAACGUCUAUGUGGUGGCAGAGAACCAGAAGGGCAAAUCCCAGCCAGCGACCAUGUCCAUCAAGACGUCCAUGCAGCCAGCCGUCAUCCCAGACCUGGAUGAGGAUGCGGGGUUCCCCGUGGGCAUCAUGCUCUGGGUGGGGAUCCUGGUAGUUGCGUUUGUGCUCCUGCUUCUGGCCGUGGACGUCACCUGCUACUUUGUCAACAAAUGUGGCCUCAUCAUGUGCCUCUGCGGCAAGUCAGGCUCCGGGACCAAAGGCAAAGACUUGGAGGAGGGCAAGGCCGCCUUCAUGAAAGACGAAUCCAAAGAGCCCAUCGUUGAAGUCAGAACGGAGGACGAGUGCACAGCCAAUCACAACGCAGCAGGACCAACAGAGCCAAACGAAACCACGCCCCUCACAGAGCCAGAGCUGGCGGCUUUCACUGCUGCUCUGGCUCUGGACACGCUCUCCUCCAUAGCCACCAACUCCGACACGGCCACGGCCACCCUUGACCCCGCCCAGGACAGCCCCUCUAGCGAGACCACUACCCUCACGUGUAGCCUGUCCACCCCGGCCAACGACCCCUCGCCCACGCCCAUCUCGGCACCGGCGCCGAGCCCGGAGAUGAGCGUGGCCCCGCCCACACCCCCCAUCUCCAGGUCUGCCGUCGAGGCUAAGAUCGCACCUUUAGUCGAGCAAAGAAGAAGCGAGUGGUCAGGGGAGGAGGCGAAGCCCGAGUCGCCGCCGAGCACCCCAGAUUGGAAUAAAGCUCCAAAAUCCGGCACGCCCAUUCCACCGAAGCGAAGACACUCUCCUAAACUUAACGCCCUGAAGGCUAAAGGUAGUCCUCCCGUGUCCCCGCUCGCUUUUACUCCAGACACCAAGAAGCCUGCUCCCAGCCCACCGGUCUCAGCAGUUCAAAGUGCCCCCCCGCCUCCAAAAGCAGACCCUGAUUCAAACAGCAGCGGGUUUGACAAGCCGACCGCCGUUCCUAAUGCUCCCCCAGCCCCACCUUCAGCCAUCCAUAGUGUUCCUCAAGCACUAGAUGCUGAAAAACCCUCUCCUAUAGUUGAAGACGUCCCUUCUCCCCUGCCUGCCACCCCUGUUUCCCCCCCGCCUGCUAGUGACCUCCUCGCAUCACCACCAGACAUGUACGACUUACUGGCCCACGACAUGGGCCUCAAAAACGCAGGUUUCGACUUGGAGCUCAGUAACGGCACAGAAAGACCCUCGGAGAUCCCCGCCGACCUUAUUAGCUUAGAGAGCCCGCCCUCUGCCCCCUCUUUGCCCAAUGGCGACGGAGCAGACCUCCCCCCCCCAGGCCCAGUUCAGGACGCAUCAGAGACUCUGGCCAAGACCGGUCCUCCUGUCAACGAUGAGUACGGCUCCCUCUAGAGGAAGAUUUUUCCAGACGGGAAAGGCAAGCUGGAGGAAGAAUUAUCAAACGCCCUGACGGAGAUGGCAGCAGAGCAACACAACAGCGUCAUACAGACGAAAGGCACGCAGAGCAAAGCAUGAUGACCUCGGCCAAAACCUUUUGCAACGACGGGAGUUUUCAUUUCCAGUGCCCUUAAGUACACACAUUCACCAACACACAUUUGUCUAGCAUGCACUUUGACUUUGCACCCGAGGACUCAGAUUUAGUUUAUUUUUUUAAUUAUUUGAUUCAAGCAGUCAAGAUGUGUGUAAAAUAUAUCGUGUAAGUACGUCACCUUUACCGUACUGGCAGUCUCACACAAGCAUUAGAUUAUCAUGAGAAAUGGGAACAGUUCGAUACCGUAAAUGAUCCCGUUAUUUACCGACACCGCACUGGGGGACAGGAUCUUAUUCCCGACAUAGCAAAUGUCAUAGCAACAGGAAUAAUAAUAAUAAUUUGGAGUGCAUGAGAAAGUAGAAUGGGAAAGAUGGCCAUCAAGUAACCUGUCAGGGUGAACACGGUUCGAUGUCAGACUUUUACAUCCAUCCCACACGAUGAGUUUAUUUUCACUGGGAAAAAUAGAUGAUUUCAUGCAAGGGUGUCCAAACUUUUUCACAACUAAUAAGUUCAUUAUUAGUAUCAACUAUGAAGUUAUUAUUGGAAAUGAUGAGUUAUUUGUUUUUUUGCUCGUAUUUCCACUUUUAUUGGUCUUUUUCAAAUACUUCAACAUUUACAUUUUUUUGUAGUAUUUAUUCCAGUAAUAUUUUGACUUUAUUCAUAGUAUUAUCACUUUUUUCAAACCUCAUUUUCCCAAAUUUCUUCAUUCAUUGACUUUGUUUUCCUUAUCUUAUGACUGACUGGUGAAAUUCUGACUUAUAUUUCUAAUUUAUUCUUGUUAAAUGACUGUUUUUUUGCUGUCGUUUUCUAGUUGAAGGAAUCUAACAAUGGACCAAUAAAAACAAAAUAGGCGGGGGCCACACUUUGGACACGCCUGAUGCCUAAUGCAUUGUAACGCAAUCUGAGCUCGAACACAUCCAGGCCUGUCACGACAACCAAUUUUGCUGCAUGAAACUGUCCCACAAAUGAUUGUCCAUGAUCCAUAAAAUUGCCGACAUUUUUGGGGACAAUUUCUUCAUAAAUUUUAUGGCAUAAUAAGACUACAUCAUAUCAAAAGCAAUCAAAUUUCCUUUCUUGUCACUGGAAUGUCAAGGGCUUUGGAAUCAAGGAAACAACAUCAUAAAUUAAACAGGAAAAUAAAUUCCGUUCAGUAAAAAUCAUACUUCAAUAAAAGUCACAAUCAUGGCCAAAAUAUCCCGUCUCUGUUAAGAAAACAGUGGAGUGUAUUGUUACUGUAUUAUGUGGUGUAUUCGUGUAUUGUUGGAGUAGCGGAAUAAAUGUUUCUGAUGUCUUCCUUCA